AUGAAACUAAAGCUUCAGGUGGUUCUUAUACCAGUGACGCUGGCUGAGAUGCCCACAUCCAGCAUAGCCACCUUUAAAAAAUUUCUACAUCUCACCGACCCAGAGAGUUCUGUGGGGCAGGUUUGCGAUGCUCUUAUAAAAAGGUACAACAGGCUUUAUCCGGAAGCAGACAAACUCCAAGUCGAGGGCAUCCAAGAUGACGACCGAUGUGACUUGGACCCGGAUUUCGCCGCAUCAGACGUGUUUCAAUCGGGCGAUGUGGUCCGUGUUCUUGUUGAUAAUUUACUACCGACCUACUCAAGAGACACAUCAAUGAUACUUCCUGAUGUUACAACUGCAACAGCCGAUGCCACAACAAGCUCCAAAAGACGAGCUGACUCCAGUGAAGCCAACGAGUCACGAAUGUUGAAGAAGUCGCGUACCAUAUGGGGAAUUCGCCAAGAUUCACCAAGUGAAGCGGCCGAAACCGCUUCGAAAGCUGUUCCAACUAAUGAUCUGGUGACGAAAUCCCCAGUCUUACUUCCGCCACCAUCGCAUCAAACUCCUGGCUCCAAGAUAAUACCGCAAAAGAAACCUUCACCCGCGUCCUCCUCUGGCAGAAGAAUAACAUCAGGCAUGCUUAAAUUGCCGGAUGAAAGCGAGAACAGUACUGAGAGCGUGAAAAAGACUCCGCAGGCUGUUAGUCAAUCGCCUGAGCACGAUGAAAUAGAUGACGGUACUGACAGUGAUGAUCUGGUUUCCCAUAGGCUGCUCAAGCAUAGGAAAGAGAAUGACAAACAUCAAGCUACCAAAUUAGCUCCUCCCCCAACCGUCCCUACGAAAACACCAUCGAAGAAGGAGCCUCUUAAUACGCUGACACCCUAUCAUAAUAGCACGCAGCCACCUCAGCCUCAACCUAAUAACCAAACACUUCAAUCGCCUUACGCCGGGACCUUGAAUAUCUCUCAUCCGUCAUUAACGCCUCAAUACCUUUCGCCCAGUGGGAGCUUCCAGAGUCAUUUAUCUCCUGCUCCUGGUCCUCAACCUCAAUUGCCUGUCCAGAGGCCCUCACUGUCUUCCUCACCAGCGGCCCCAGUCCAAAACACCACUCAGCAUCAACAGCAUCGAAACACGUCUCUGCUUGAAAAUUCAUUAAUUCGCCAGUACCCGGUUACCAGUCCUAUCGAGGAUCAGAAAAUGCAAGAAUCUAUCAAGCAGCUGAUCCAUGAGAAGGUUGAUGACGCAAUGAGAAGGCAGGAGUAUCUCGUCAAGCAAGGUGUUGGUAAGAUACGAGAGGAGGAGGAAAAAGAGAAGGAGAGAAAGACUGCAGAGGAUAGAAGAAGAGAUGAGGAGCAGCGCCGAAUGCAAGAGGAAAUGAGAAAGGCCGAAGAGAACCGGAUUCUCAUGCCUGCUGAAGAGUUGAAGAGGCAGGCAGAGUUGCUUGAACAGGAGCAGGAAUGGAGAGAUAGAACACUCCUGUUCCAGAAGCACUUGCAACAAAAAGAGGAGUUGCUCAAAAAGAAGGAAGCUCUCAGACAGCAAGAAGUUCGGAAGGAAGCAAUUUUGAGGAAGCAGGACGAUCUCAGACGACAGGCCGAACUCAAGAAACUGGUUGAACGUAAACAGGAGGAAGCUUUGCGGCAACAAGAGCAAACCAAAGCGAAGGUACUUCAAGAAAAGAGCUCAUCGCAAGGGAAAGGAGCUGGUGAGAAUUCUGCAAACAAAUCUCAAGCUCAGGGAAAAGCACCACCUGUGCAUGUUUUCGAUUACGACAAAAAUCUACCAAGCAAUGUCAUGAAGCCUGCUACAGGUUUUGGCGGUCUAACCCCAACUGUUGCUGCACUGCCGCAACCAGAACCUCGUGUCAAUAACACUAACGGGUCUGCUACCACGAAAGACGGCUCAAGUGCUAACAAGGAAGCUUCUCACUCUGAAAAGGUUGCACAUGAUGGUAACAAAGAGGAUGUUUCUUUAAAUAAGGGUGAGAUCAUGUCAAUCAUCAGAAACAACAUGCGCGUACCCCAUAAAAUUAUCAAGAAACUCUCGGUUCCCACUCCAGAUAAUGCUAAGUUCGCUGCCCACGAGGAAGAGCGCAAGCGUCAGAUACGAGAGGAAAAUAUCGCUAGAAACGCUGCUGAACUCGAAAGCAGGCGCCGCAACGCAGCCGCAGCGCCUUCAAACACUACUAGGAGCUUGCGUUCUCGUGUAACGAUUGGUGGAGUACCAAACUUUGAUACGAACUUGGACAACAUUGAGGACGAAAAAGAUAAGGAGAAGGAGAAAUUGAAGGAGACCAGGGCGAACGCGUUGCCAGCUCCUUUUAAUGACUUUGCUAGCAAGUCUAAACUUUCUUCAAUCUAUGUGAAGAUGAAGAAGUUGGACGCGAGAAUCGAAAAACAACACCAGGAACUGCUGAAGAAAAUAAAGAGUGAGCCAUCUACUCCAAACUUGCAACGAACUGAAGAUGCCUCGCAGAAAUCAGAUGACACUCCCAGUGGACAACAGAGCACGCUUCAGAAAUUACAAGCUGCUGCGGAGGAUGAAUCCGAUGAGGAUAAUGAUGCAUCGGAGAAGGAAGGUAGUCCUGAGGAAAAAGAGGAUGAGGAAGCGGAGACAAACGCUUCAUCGCAGUCAAGUGAAGAUGACGUUGAAAUGCAAGACGCAGCUGCCGUCUCUAACAGCUCUGAAGAAGACGCCUCGGUCAAUGAAUCUGAUGACUCGGAGGAUGAAGAAUCGGAGGAUGUGGAUUCGGAUGCUGUUAGGCAGCCAAAAAAGAAGAUCCCUGAACAAACGAAGCCAACUGCUGUUAAGUUUAAUAAUCAGACUUCUUCCUCCACUCCAGGCAUCGUUAAGCGUGGCAGAGGCAGACCAAGAAAGGACGAUCCUCGCAACCUUACUAAGAAAGUUCCGCAACCACGGGCCUCUCUUCGUACGAGAUCGGCCGCUCCAGAAGUUAUCGAACUAGAGUCAUCGAGUGAGAAUUCCGAUGAAGAGGACAUUGAUGAUAAUGCAGAGCAGAUCGAAGACGACAAGGUCACAACUGAAGAGUCUAACCAGGUAUCAGUGGCAACUAGCGCUUUUGAGAUUUCCGAGAGUGAAAAGCCCUUGAACGCACCGGAACAGACGACAAGAGAAAGUUCUGAAGCUAUAAGUGGGUAUGAUUCGCAAAGGUCUGAAUCGCAUUAUACUGACGCCGAAGCCUCCGAUGUACGUGGAAGGGAAAUAAAUGAUGACGCCAACAAGCGAGACGGCGAGGCUGCUUCAGACCCCAUCGAAAUUGAUUCUAAGGCGGGCACUGAAGCCCCUGAAUCUCAUGGUGAUAAACUGAAAUCAUCUAAUGAAGAUAAUGCCAAGGAAGCUGGUCUGGCAUCCUCUUUGGUGGAAGAUAAGCCGAAUGUGACGCAAGUCUCGUCACACGCCACGACGGCUACUUCAUCUUCUCCCCCCGUUGCAGCAGACCCACUAUCAAGCAAGCUUUCGCAAGCAAAUGAGGAUGCAAAGAAAGAUGAUUCCGUGGAAGCUACUUCUCCGAAAAAGGCGAGUCCUGUGAAGGCUAGCAAAGAAGUAGCACCCAUUCAAUCGGCACCAGCCUCUCAAAAGACUGAUGCCUCGCCCACGAAAAAGGUAACUGCAUCCAUGUUGGUGGCGGCCCUCAAUAAGCUGCCCAAGUCCAGAGAGGGCCAGAAGGUAGGCUCAAACACUCCAGUGAGCAAACACAUCAGUAAUACGUCGAAGCGUGCGUCUCACGGGGAGGGACUGUCGCCCAUAAAGAAACCCAGAUUAGAACCCUCGAAGGUUGACGCUAAAGUUGAAGACGGAGAGAAAGAUGUUAAGCCGGAUGUCGUGAUAUCUUCGAAUUCUGAGUCCGAGUCGUCCUCAUCCUCGUCAUCUUCAUCUUCAUCGGAAUCUGAGUCAUCCUCAGAGUCAUCCUCCGAGUCUGAUUCUGACAAUGAGUCCAGCGGCAAUGCUUCUCAGACAGAGUCGACGUCACAAAAGGCUGCGAUAGUUACAACUCAGAAAAGUGAUGGAAACGAUAUUGUUGAGAAAACCGAUGAAAAAUCUCACCUGAGUAAUCUCAAAGAUACUGGUUCGGAAAAGGCACUGGUCUCGAAGGAGAAUUCGACCUCUAAGGAAGAAGCAACGAAGACUGAGACAAUUGCCGAAAAGAAGUCUGUCUCAGGGAAAGGACAAAUCAUUGAUAAGAAGCCUGCUGCAUCAAAAGAGAAGAAGCCUGUUGCAUCAAACGCCGCUUCAAGCUCUUCUUCAAAUUCUAGUUCGGAUUCGGAUUCGGAUUCGAGCGAAAGUCAAUCUCUGUCGGAAUCUGAAAGCGAGCCUAAGAAGAAACCGCCAACAAUUGCCAAAAGUGCUUUGAAAAAAGUUCCUAGUCUUGUGAGCUCCAGAGUUGUGAAGAAGAACUUUGGCUCCCUAGCAAAGCCAACUGCAAAGCCCAUCAAGGCACCAUCCCCACCCGUUCACAAGCUGUCUGAAGGUGUGAGGACUAUUACCGUUGAGACUCCAUUUUCGAAGUCAUCUGAUGAGGAUGAAAAAGCCAAGGCAAAUAAGGCGCAGCAAAGGCCAGCACCAACAGCGACGUUGCCCAAAUUAAACUCUCUCAGUGAUUUGCAGAAGCGAGGAGUACCGGAUGUACGUGACUCGAAGGACAAGAGUUCUUCUGAUUCUAAGAAACAACCUGAGAAGAAGCUUGAUAUCUCAGAGUCAGAGCUGGAAUCGCUGAGUGACUCAGAUCUGAGUUCUGAUUCAGAUUCAGGCCUGGACUCAGAUUCUUCUGAUGAUGAAGACUCGUCGAAGUUUGCUAGCUUGAAGAAGCUUUCUGGUGAUCGUGAUGCCAAGAAGAAGAAGAAGAAGAAGAGCCUAGGGUUUAGCAGUCUCAUGAGAGAUGCUAACAAAAAGUAA